CUCUCUCUCCUUCUCCCCCUCCCUCCUCCGUCCACUACUUAAACGUUUCCCUUCGACGAUCCGUCGGUCGACGCCACCACCUGUAAGGGGAAGGUGGCGCAAGAUAAGGUAAUCCGCCUAUCGCGUGAUCGAAGCAAGUCAGAGCGGGAGGGGAUGGGUCAGGGGCUCAGUUGCAUUGCUACUCAAGAGCAUGGGCUCUUCACUGCCGUUCAGGCUGGAGACUUGGAUAAAAUUCAACUUCUGUUGGAGCGAGACCCAAGUCUCCUGCAUCAAACCACUGUUUUUGAUAGGCUUUCUGCACUCCAUAUAGCCGCUGCAAGUGGUCAGAUCGAGGUUCUUUCUUCGAUUUUGGAUCGAUCUAUUCACCCAGAUAUCUUGAAUCGUCAUAAACAGACUCCGCUUAUGUUAGCUGCAAUGCAUGGGAAGAUCUCCUGCGUGGAAAAGCUACUUCAAGCAGGGGCGAAUAUUUUAAUGUUUGAUUCUCUUCACGGAAGAACCUGCUUGCAUUAUGCUGUGUACCAUGGACAUUCCGACUGCCUGCAAGCCAUUCUAGCUGCUGCUCAAUCGACUUCUGUUGCAGAUUCUUGGGGGUUUACGCGGUUUGUAAAUGUUAGAGAUGGUAAAGGAGCAACGCCAUUGCACCUUGCAGCCCGACAGAGACGGCCUGAUUGUGUCCAUAUCCUGUUAGACAGCGGAGCUCUUGUAUGUUCUUCGACGGGUGGAUAUGGCUUCCCAGGGAGCACUCCGCUUCAUUUGGCAGCUCGUGGGGGCUCUUUGGAUUGUGUCCGUGAAUUGCUUGCAUGGGGAGCGGAUCGGCUUCAAAGAGAUUCUUCUGGAAGAAUACCAUACAUGGUUGCCCUAAAGCACAAACAUAGAUCCUGUGCUGCCCUGCUAAACCCAUCGUCAGCAGAGCCUCUUGUGUGGCCAUCACCUUUGAAGUUCAUCAGUGAACUUAAUCCAGAGGCAAAGGUCCUGUUAGAGAGGGCCCUAAUGGAAGCAAACAGGGAGAGGGAGAAAGACAUCUUGAAAGGAAUGGCAUGCUCUCUUUCAUCACCUUCGCAUUCCGAUAUCAGUGUUGAUGACAAUGUGUCUGAGGCCAGCGACACGGAAUUGUGCUGUAUCUGCUUUGACCAAGUCUGUACAAUCGAGGUCAGAGACUGUGGCCACCAGAUGUGUGCACAUUGCACUCUAGCUCUUUGUUGCCAUAACAAACCCAAUCCCACCACCGCAUGCUUGCCUGCCCCAGUCUGCCCGUUUUGCCGCAGCAGCAUUGCCAAGCUGGUGGUUGCCAAGGUCAAGACGGAGAGCGAGUCGGACAAGGAGAUCAACUCUUCGAAGAUGAGGAGGGUGAGGAGAUCAAACUUCAGUGAAGGCAGCAGCAGCUUCAAGGGUUUGUCAGCUGUGGGUUCAUUUGGGAAGAUGGGUGGCCGUGGUUCAGGGAGGAUUGCUGCUGAUAGCAACGAUUGGGUGGACAAACCUUGAUUCCUGGCAGUUAUUAUGGAUGGACUGACCAAAUUGGUGCAGGAAUAUCCAUUUGGGUAUAUAUGAAAAUAUAAAAAUUUCAGUUAACUAUGUAGAUUUUGGGUAAUGGAAAAGCAAAGGGAGGAGAAUGAAAAUUAAAUAAAGCAAGAAGUCUUUUACAGGUCUGGGUUAGUGGGUCUUAAUGUUGUAAUCCUUGUUGUUUCCUUCAGAUUGAAGAAGCAGUAGUCUUUUCGAGGGUUGUCUAUUCCCUGAAUAGGAAAAGAAUUAUCUUUGUUUUCUAAGAAAAACAGUUCACCCCGAUUCAUACAUAUGGCUGCUAGACCAUAACCAAGUUGCCAACUCCUUUGCUUUUCGCACUUUUUUUUUUUAAUUUUAUUUCCGAAAGUCUUGGCAUGUGUGUUUGCCUUGCCUAUCUUCUAUUGUCUCCAUCUAUUUUCCAUUAUUGAUGAGUAGGGGGGAUGUGGCCUGUGGAUGUAAUGUAAUAUUAUCAUUUUUUUUAUAUAAAUAUAAUAAGUUACAGAGUAAAGCUGCAAAGCCUGUUUAGCUGCUA